AUGCUCGUCGCCGGCUAUGACCUCGACAUGACCUACAUAACCGGCCGACUCCUUGCCAUGUCAUUCCCCUCCGAGUCCAUGCGCGCGUUGUACCGUAAUCCUAUGUGGCAGGUCCAGUCAGCACUCGAGAUGAGGCACCACGGCCACUACAAGAGGAGCUACGACCCGUCUCGUUUUAACAGGCGGGUGGAGAGAUACCCGUUUGACGAUCACCAUGUCCCGGAAAUUUCGAUGAUUAAGGAGUUUUGUGAGGAAGUGCACGCGUGGCUGUCGCGGGACCCGGAGAAUAUUGCCGUCGUGCACUGCAUGGCAGGAAAAGGUCGAACGGGCUUGAUGGUAUCAUGUUACCUCGUUUACACAGGCAUGUCGGCCGAGAGGGCUUUGCACGUGUUUGCAGAAAGACGAACUACCAAUAACGAAGGAGUCUCGAUAGCUAGCCAGCGUCGUUACGUUUUAUAUUGGGAGAAAAUAGUUUCUCUAACAAAAGGGGUCUUUGUUGUGGUCUCUGAGCUGCAAAAGGUUCCCGGGCAGCGGUACGCGCCACCAGUCGAGGUUUCAAAGAGCUGCUGCAGACGAAUUAGAAAAAAUCACGAAAGAUCAUCCAAUAAGCCUCGGUAUUACUUCUCAUUAGUCGAGAAGGAAGAAGGCAAAGAAAAAGCUGUGGAGCCUCGUUUGGUCGUCCAAAUGGACACCGAAAGUUCCAUAAUCUACCAAAAGAAUUGUCUCGGUUUCGAUUAUGAGAAACCCGUGCAAGUAAAAGGGGACGUGCGCUUGAUUCUCUACGAAAACCUGACGGGAGGUCGUCUAUUCUAUGUCUGCUUCAACACAUCUUUUAUAACCGGCAGCUUACUGCAGUUCUCGGUCGAGGAUUUAGACAAAGUAGGGAGAAGGGGUCGAUCGAUAUGUAGGCCUUCAUUCUGCCUUGAGCUGUUUUUCGCUCCCUCUUACGCUAAUUGCUUGGCGCCUCCAUCAAAAGACGAUGUUCUUUGUCGAAUUUGA